GCCAGUGGGCUGGCGGAGUGUGCGGGACGCGGGCGGAGUGAGCGUGACGGACUCGGACUCUGAGACGGACCGAUCGCAGACGGACUGGACGGGGCCCGUCUGCAGGAGACGACUACACGUGUGCCGGUGCGUCUACAUUAGACUUCACUCCAACUGGUCGGGCGGUGCUGGGCCGCCAGUCAACAUGUACCCGGCCGCUGCCAGACUCCAGGGACCCUGCAUCCUGCUGGUCCUCGCGGGGUGCGGCCUGUCGGCCGAGCCGCGCUCGUCGGCCCACCGGCAGCCAAUACCGCCGUUCCACGACGACCAGCCGCCGCGGCCCGAGUUCGACCCGAGCAUGCCGCUCAACGUGACGGCGCUGGCUGGCAGGGACACCCGACUGGUCUGCAUCGUCCGCAACCUGCGCAACCACACGGUGUCCUGGAUCCGGCAGUCGGACCUGCACAUCCUCACCACGGGCGGCUACACGUACACGACUGACCUGCGCUUCGAGGCGUUCCACACGCGCGGCAGUGCCAUCUGGACGCUGGCACUGGCCGCUAGCCGGCACAACGACUCGGGAUUGUACGACUGCCAGAUCAGCACCAAGCCCGUCAUGGCCAUCUCCGUGCAGCUCAACGUGGUUGAUUCGCUACCUGAAGUGGAAGAAGAACCAGUAAACAUUGAGGACGACAUAGAGCCUCCUUCAUUGAUUCCGGUGGCGCGGAUUCUGGGCGGCAGCAGCGUGUUUAUCCAGCGGGGCAGUGACCUGAACCUGACCUGCACGGUCAGCUAUAGUCCUGAGCCGCCUACAUCAGUGGAGUGGCUCCACAGGAAUCAGACGUUGGCUAGCUCGGUGUGGUCCCCCUCCCAGGUGGUGACGUUCAGCUCGACGCGCGGCGGCAUCAGCGUCAUCACGGCGCGGGGCCACACGACCACCUCGCACCUGCUCAUCCGCUCGGCCGGCGGCGGCGACUCGGGACAGUACGUCUGCAGUCCCAGCAACGCCCAGCCGGCCGCCGUCACCGUGCACAUACUGGACGGGGAGCACCCGGCCGCCAUGCAGACGGGCUGCUCGUCCUUCUCCGUGUGCGGCCGCUGCUGUCUGGGCGGCCUGCUGCUGCUGCUCACCACCCAGCGACUGCUCACUACGGCCGUUAGCUGAUCAAUCGGAGCCCCUGACCCCUCCCGGGCCGGCCAUGACCUUCACUGAGGCCGCGGGCCACUGCUGGCCGGACCACCAGCGGCGGGGCUCCCUGCAGGUCCCUACUGUCGUAUCACUCCGUGGCGAGGCGCGCGUCAUUCCAUAUGGGACCGACAGGGUCGCACGGGGCAGAGCUGAGGCCUCCCAGGAUCACACAGUCAUCAGCUGAGACCGACUGGAAGCCAGCGAUUUGGAGGCUGACCAGUUCGUAUGGGGGCGGCCGGGCCUACAUUGGUGGAGUCAAAAGUCACAGCCGACAGCACCUAGCCCGUGGCUGGCAUUGAUUCAGUGAUUAUGUGUUUGUGAUGACUCCCUGUGGUUGAUAUAUGUGACCUGACGAUGGAGCAUGACAUUGUUUUAACUCUCGCCCAAGAAAGCUUUAUAUGUGCUGUUGGUGACUGUUGGUGCCCGGUGAUGUUCCUGGUGCCAGUCUUGGUGACUUGAAGUUGUGAGCGUGUGAUCGGUUCGAUAUUUGAGACAGCGAGUUGGCGCGAUAUAAAGGGCAUUACUCUGUGUUUGGCACGCGUGGGCCGCUGGUGCAUCUGUAGGAGCGACGAUACUGUCACGGGGUCACGACAUACGCUGUUGAGUGAUGACGUGCCACGUGGUUUGUUUCAAUGGUAUAUAGGUAUCUACGAUCUGACAUGUCAUCCUUUUAUAUGAUGCCAAGCUGAGAGUGGUUUCAAAAGCUCAACUGUGGGAGUCAAUAGGUACGACAUAGAAAUUAUUGAAUGCAAAACAAGUUUCGGUGAUAUUUGGACAGAAACAGAAAUGAUGUUUCCUAAGUAGGUAACUGAUAUUGAUGAAAAGCUCCUUGAGGGUUCAUAUGACAUUAUACCAUAUACCUACCUAUUAUGAAAAAUAUAUUUGUUGUGACAGUCA